AUGGGCAGCGAUUCACCCGAAAAUUCAGCGUUAGAAGAGAAGAGUUCCACAGUAUGCUACCUCUGCCGACAACGAAAAACAAAAUGUGACCGAAUUCUUCCAAGAUGUGGAUUCUGCGUCAAGGCCAAGGCCAAUUGUCACUAUGUUGCAAAGCCCAAGAAACGCGGUCUCCGGGCUGGCUAUGUAUCUCAACUGGAGAAUCGCAUAGAAAGCCUGGAGCAAGAAGUUAAAUUCCUCAAGGAUGAGAACAAGAGAUCAUCAGAAGUACCAAAUCCAGCCCCAACCCCAGCGCCGGUGGCCCGUUCGGCGACGCCGCAACAGAUCACUCCUUCGGCAUCAGUCGCCUCCUCAGAAGUACGGCCAUCAAUCUUCAGUCCUGCUUUGACUGCUGCGAGCUCCCAUCAGAGUCAACACAAGCGGACGGAUGCAGAGUCUGAUGCGGCAGUUGCAGAUUUGAUGUCUCUGCCACAUGGAUACAUGUAUACACUGGCGGAUUUGUGGUUCAAAGAAACUCAACCCUGGUUGCCGAUUUUAGGUCGACAACAUAUUCAAAUGGCACUCGAGGUCCUUCCUAUGCCCUUAAGCCAUAUCGACGACGUCGUGUUGAAGGCAGUGAUUGCACUUGAGAUUGCAUAUUCAAGUCAGGCCAUCGGUCUAGGAUACCACGGAAGACACAGACUGUCACGGCACCUGCGAUCACAGGUGGUCGACGAGGCAUUUUCGAAGCCUUCGUUGAACUCUCUCCAAGCGCUCUUGAUCAUAGCCAUUCUUGACUAUGGGGCGGACAACAUCCCGAGUACCUUCAGUUUGCUGUCGGUAUGUCGUCGGAUGUGUGAAAACAUUGGACUUUUCCGGAAACUUUUGAACCAAAUGGCACUGCAAAGUCCGGCCCAGAUUGGACCACCAGCCAUUGGAAGCAAUACCGGAGAAGAACUGGCGAUUCCCUUGACCUGGGCAACGUUAGCAAUGGACGCAGUUUCAACACUGGGGAUCUCGUGGCGAGACGUUUCGGCCGCGCUGGUGGACCACCUAUCGAGUGUAGCCUAUAUCAGCACGCCAGACCUCAAAGACAGUUUCCGAAGCCAUACUCAUUUGGCGGCGAUAGGGUUGCAGCCCUUGCACACAUUCAUCUACGAUCACGAAAGGGGCAGAUAUGAGCAAGCUCGAGGUGAGGCUCAUGCGACCUGCGAUGAGAUCUAUCAUAAUUUCAUGAGUUAUAUACGAUCUCAGCCAAGUACCAGCUACACACUGCUCGCGGACGGGCACAUCGACUUCGAUCCCAAUCUGGUUCACACCAGUAUCUUGGCACACGCAAGUGUGAUUAUCCUGUACCAACGACUGGUCGAAUUUGAUGGUCCUUCAUUUAACGAAGUACCUCUUCAAAGGUGUCUUCAAGCCUGCGAGGACGUUGUUGCCGCCCUCCAAAGUAUCAGUGAUGCAGACACGGAGCUGAACUCACCUAUACUGGCGCAUCUGAUCUUUGUUGCAGCACGGUUCAAGCUCCUGGUAUAUCGGAGACUAGACCAGCAACGAGAACCCACCUUUGACAUAUUGAUGCAUGGGAUCAACAUGUGCGGACGUCGAUGGGAAGUGGCUCGGCGGUUGGAUAUUGUAAUGCGGGCGGCUAUUGCGGAAGUAUACACGAGCAAGAGUUCGUCGUUGCCGGUUGAUUUUUGGAAGGUAGAUAAGAGUCAUUUAGACAUAUCGGAAGAACUGAAGGAGUGGGUAGAAGGGUGCAAGCAUUCAUUGUAUGUUGGGGCAUUGAAUGGGCCAUAUAUGUAG